AUGAAGCUCACAAUUGCAUCGUCACUGUGGCUGAGUCUUGCGCCUACUGUUUUGUCUCAGUCUGGCGUGUCCGAUGACCCGAAGGUCUUUGGAAAUGUCUUCAACUUUUGGACCAAGCUUUCGCCAGGUUGGGACUUAACUCGCGGAAACAAAGCCAAUGCAAUCACGCUUCCUAUGCCAAAGAAUGGGCCCAUUGUCAUCCAACCAAAUAAAACAGCUUUGGUCAUCAUCGAUAUGCAGAAUUUCUUCCUGCACGAAAGCUUAGGAGGUGACCCACUUGGAAGGGCUAUCGUGCCAACAACCGUUGACAUGAUCCACGCGUUCAGAAACGCCGGUAUGCCUGUUCUCUGGACAAACUGGGGUCUGACGGAGUUUGAUUUGAUCAACAUGCCUCCCUCGUUCAUUAACGGAUUCACAAGCGAUGGAACGUCUGUGAAAUCAUUUGGCAGUGACAUGGGUUCAAUUGUCGUUCCUAAAUCUGAUCCUUCAAUUCCUGCAACAUCUAAGACUCAAGGGGGCAACCAGACAAUUGCUGUAGGCAGGAAGCUCAUGCGCGGCAGCUGGAAUGCUCAGCCCUGGGGCGCUCUUCUGAAUGAACAAGUUCAAGGUGUAGCAAAAGGGACCGACUUUUACUUCAAUAAAAAUCGAUUGUCCGGAAUGUGGGGUGCAGGAACACCUAUGCAGACAUGGCUCCAGGAUAACAGCAUGACCACGCUCUUCUUCGGAGGGGUCAACAUCGAUCAAUGUGUUUGGGGAACCCUGCUCGACUCAUUCUAUAAAGGUUAUGAUGUUAUCCUCAUGGACGAUAUCUCAGCGACGACCUCCCCGAUCGGUGCAACCCAGAUGGUGGACUUUAAUGCGCAGCUCAAUGGAUGGAGAGCAAAUUCGACUGAUAUUUUGGGUGCUUUGAAAAAAGCUGCUAAGCAGAAAUAG